CAACAAAGCGGCUGUUUGCUGUCGGCAACGGUCGGAGUCUCAGCUGUGUUUGAGUGUUGUUGUUUUAUUAAAGUACAUUCAGAAUUAAAAAAGAAGGUCUGAGGCGAUCUUUAAACUCUUUAAAUAAACUGUCGGAAAGUUUUCCCGCCGGAGUGUACAAAUGUUAACAUGGCUGCGAAGACAGACCAACUUCUCAUCGUUGUGUCCAUCCUGGAAGGUCGUCACUUCCCGAAGAGUCCUCGGCUCAGUCUGGUGGUUCAGGCGAGCUUCGAUGGAGAGCAGCUGGCUACAGACCCGGUGGAGCACAAAGAGCAGCCGCAGUUCAGCACCGAGCUGGCCUGGGAGCUGGACCGCAGGACGCUGCACCAACACAGACUGCAGAGAACUCCCAUCAAGCUUCAGUGUUUUACUGUCGACUCUGUCAGCAAGAGGAGGGAGAGCGUCGGCUACAUCGUCCUCGACCUCCGAUCGGUGCAGGAGGUCAGACAGGAGCCUCGCUGGUAUCCUCUGCUGAGCAGUAAAUACACCAAGCAGAGACCCGCCCUCCUCCUCGGUUUGCUGCUGGAGAACGACACCAAGACCUCCGAACCCUCUCCUGAUAGGUUCAAAGCCAAGAAGGCCCCGCCCCGACAAGGCUCUCCAACAGUAACUGAGCUGCUGCCUGACAAGCUGGAGGCCGUACUGAUCCCAGACCAGGGUUUCCAUCAGGUGGGACCUGCAGGUCACUGCACUGACAUGUUCGUCCUCUCCGUCACUGUGGCCUUCGCUACUAAACUGGAGCAGUUGAUCCCCAGCACCAUGAAGCUGUCGGCAGAGGGCUCGGAGUUCUUCUUCUACUACUCUUUACUGAGCAACGACAUCACCAGUGAGCCUUUCCACAAUCUGCUGAGCCCCGACUUUGAGCCGGAGCGCGCCUCUGUGCGCAUCCGCAGCAGCAAACAGAUCCUCCAGGCCUUCCUGUCUGAGCAGCCCAGUUUACAGAUCCACCUGUGCUGUGGGAACCACUCUCUGGGCAGCACAGACGUCUCUCUCUCCGCUUUGUCGACGGUUCGCGUGGAUCUGGAGAACAAGGCGGCGACGGUGGAGGGAGCGUUCAUACUCCAACCUCCGAAACGCACACGACGGACGCUGCCAGCUCUGCCCGCCGACCUGCAGCCGACUGUGGGAGUGGCUGUUAGUCUGAGAAGGGAGGAGGUCGCUCCGCAGUCUUUAAAGAGUAAAGAAGGAAGCGGAGCUCAGACACCCUCCGUCCCUCCCUCUGCCCCCCCCUCACUUCCUCCUGCUGAACAGAAACUUCGUAGUCCGUCUCCGGUCCGAAAACCUCGUGCCUCUUCUCCUCCUCUUCCUCCUCCUUCCUCUCACACGGAGAGUGAAGCGGAGAGUCUCCUGGAGGAGCUGCAGCGCGGCAGAGAGCAGGCGGGACUCGCAGCUGCAGAUUUGGAAGUUCCUGUGCAGCCGCGGAGUCGGACCGAAGCUCCAGCAGAGGGCGGAGCUUCAUCUGUCAGUGUGUCUGCUCCCAAAGUGUCCAUCCCUUCCUCCGCCCAUCACUACUGCUUCUCCAUGGACCUGCGCAGCCUGGGAAACCUCAGCCUGUCGCACCCCAUCGCUGCUACGCUCAGGUAUUCGUAUCAGUUCUUUGGCAGCGCGGCUCCCAUCAUGACCAACCCUCCCGUGGAGCUGCAGAGGAGCAUGGAGGUGUCUCUGCCUCAGUCCUACUGCGCCUUCGACUUCGCCGCUCUACCACAGCAGCUGCAGGACACCUUCCUCAGAGUUCCUCUGGUGGUGGAGGUCUGGCACAGAGACCCCACCAGCAGAGACCAGCUGAUUGGACGAGCCUCCGUCCAGCUGUCUCACCUGCUGAGCUCUGAGAGGAGCCGACUCCUGACGUCAACGGGGGAGCAGAGCUGGAGACAGACUCACCAGGACCGGAUCCCUGUGGUCAAAGCACAGCGUCCCACUGAGAAGGUCGCAGAGCUGAGCUACGUGACGACGCUGGACGACCUGGGAUUGGUUAAAGCCAGAGAGGUCAUCGUGUCCGACUCCUCACAGAAUGAACCUGUGGCCCCCACACAACCGUCCUCCCACCCCGCAGCACCCAGCCUGCCCGCCUCCCCGCUGGGCCCCGCGGCCCCCAGAGACACCCUGGAGUACCGCAAGGCCCUGGAGCUGGAGCUGUGGAAGGAGGAGCAGGAGGAUCUGUUCGAUGAUCAGUUGAGGAAGAAGGAGCUGAGCCACAUGCAGGCGUUGGCAGAGGAGUGGAGGAGGAGGGACAGAGAGCGAGAAGCUGUGGUCAAGAAGAAGGAGGUGGAGUAUAACCUGCUGGAGGAGCAGCUUCAGAAAACUCUGUCAGAUUUGGAGAAGAGAGAGAAACAGCUGGCGGAGGCGGAGCUAGAGACUCAGAGGCUGCAGAGGGAGCUGCGAGCCGAACACAACCUGACCCAGAAGGAGCUGCAGGAGAGCAGCAGGAGGCUGCAGCAGGAGUGUGACCACCGGGCGGCGCUGGAGAGAGACAAAGUGCGACUGAUGGAGGAGGAGCGAGUCCGGCUGCUGCAGCAGAUCUCAGACGGCGAGUGUCGCUACAAACAGCUGGAGAAAGAGUUUCAGCUCUACAGAGAACAACAGAACGUCAGACCUGAGUUCAGACUGCAGUCAGACAUCAACCUGCUGACUCUGGAGAAGGUGGAACUGGAGAGGAAGCUGGAGUCCACCACCAAGUCCAAGCUCCACUACAAGCAGCAGUGGGGGCGCGCCUUAAAAGAGCUGGCCAGGUUCAAACAGCGCGAGCAGGAAAACGCCAUGACGCGUCUGAAGAAGCAGCAGGCGGAGCUGGAGGCCAUGAGGCUGCGUUACCUAGCAACAGAGGAGAAGGAGGCGGUGCGACAAGACAGACAGGAGCUGGACGACAUCAGGAACGAACUCAACAGGUUAAAGCAACAAGAGGACAGACUCGGUCCCGCCUCCUCCUCGUCUGGCCCCGCCCCCGGGUUAAAUGAGAGCGCUGAUGAACACCUGAGCCGACUGUUGGAGGAGAGAGACACUCUGCUGAGGACCGGUGUCUACACCCACGAAGACCGGAUCAUCGCCGAGCUCAACAGACAGAUACAGGACGCCAUGAGGGACAGAGGGAACCUCUGACAGCUGGAGCCGUCCAAUCAGAGACAGGCGCACACCUGAGUCCACAGGUAAACUCAGGCUGUGUUUCUGAGUCUUUCUGUUUGAUAAAUGUGGCUCAGAACAAACUUCAUGUUAAUACAUGUUAAUUUUAUCUGAUCUGAACUAAAUGUAAAACAUGAGUCACUUUCCAACAAAACGUUGCCUUAAACUCAAAACACAAUAAAAACGUUCAUUAAAAGUUUCACAUAUUUACUGUAAAUUAAGAACAGAAAUCUGUAAAAGAUGUAAAUCUCAUCAUGAUACAAAUAUACAGAAACACACUGAGUUCAGCUGAAGGGGAAAAAGUCAUUUUGUCUUGGAUAUCACAAAAUGUGAAAAUGAUUAUCAAUUAUCUCUGUUUGAGGAGGAAGACAUGAAACUACCUGAUUUAAUUAGCUUUGAUUGAUUUUACUUCCUCCUCUGUUUGGAAGAUAUUUAUGAAAUUCUAGAUGAAACAAUUCAGUGCCAAAAUUUAAAGAAAUAAAACAUUUCUCUGGUUUUCAGGAUCUCAUAAUUAUGGGAUGAUUUUCCUGAAACUGAGAUCCACGUUUCUUUAUUCUGAGAUCUUCAUUAUCACCACAAUUAUUAUUAUUAAUUAUUAUAGUUAAUCCAAUGUGCCUCUGUAGAAGCACAAUAAAAUAUUAAUAAAUAUAAAUAAGGUUAAUCUGACAGAUAAAAGCUGCAUUUGUUGUCAUGUUGUAAUUUAGACCUAAAGGAGUAAUUCAACAUCUUGGGAAGUAAAACUCAUCUUUCUUUCUUGAGGCUGAUGUAAAUCUGUGUGUUAAAUACAGAGCUGGAGUCAGUCUUAAAGACUGAAAACAUACAACUACCUAAAUCACUAAUUAAUAUAUUAUCUCAUUAUUUUAUCUGCACUCAGACAGAAAAAUUUGUGGUUUCAAGGAAAGUUGUAUUUCCCAAAAUACUGACUUAUUCCUUUCACAUGUAGAGAGCACUGGAACUGACAAAAUGUAAUUAAAAGUAAUUAAAGAAAACAAACAUACAACUUUACAUUGAUUAAAAUAAAGUACAUCAGUAAAUAAUUAAAUGGAUAAUUAAAAAUGGAGUGUAAAAGAAAUAUGUUUCCUUUAACUCAGUGAAACACAAUCAUUUAUUUAUUUUUCCACAUGCAACAUUUCCAGUUUUAUGAUGAGAUGAGCAGCUUUAAUUUUCCUUUUUACACUUUAUUUGUUAACUAAUUAUAUUGUUAUUGAUUAUUAUAUAUUAUUACAUAUAGAUUAUUAUGAUUUUAUUUGGCUGAUAAGUAUUUACUACAUUCAGUCAGUUUCAGCGCUCCAUUAGCAUGAGUUACCUCAGAUCACAGACACCCGGGUCAAACCGAGUGAGGCAUCGAGACGUGAUGUAUCUCUUUGUUUAUAUAUUUAUGUUUGUGUGCUGAAGAUUUCAAAUGUGAUUUCUUUCCUUCUCUUGUUGAGAAGUCGGUGUUACAGUAGUGAUGUUUUAUACAAGUGUUAUUUUAUAUUAGUGUCUUUGUGUGUGUCAGCAGAUCGGUCUCUCUUAGUGCGGCACUCACAUUCUACAUGUACUGAACCUAAAACAAUUAAUCGAUUAGUCAAUUAGUUUUUUUUUUCAGUAUAAAAAUGCUAAAGUUCUUUGGUUCUAGCUUCAGAAAUGUGACUGUCCCUGGAGUAUUUGAGCUGCUGGUUGAGGGGAGGUUUUUGUCCGACAGCAGGUGGCUCUGCAGCAUCAGAAAACACUGUGAGGCUUUUUAAUUUAUUAUUUUGUCAUCAGAGCAGAGACGACUGAUCUGUGUUUGUCUGGAAUAAAUUAUUUUGGUAUAAAACCUGCUGAGAGCUGUGUGUGGUUCAUUUGUGUUUUAUAUUUUCAGAUGAAGUCAUUAAAAUGUCAUAGUAUGGUGCGGUCUACGCAGGUCUACUUAUGGUUCCCAGAGUUUCUAAGACUUGAAUGGGAGGCAGAGCCUUCAGCUCUCAGGCGCCACUCAUGUGGAACCAGCUACCAGUCUGGAUCCAGGAGGCAGAUGCCCUCUCUACAUUUCAGAUCAGGCUUAAAACUGUCCUCGUUGAUAAGGCUUAUAGUUAGGGCUGGUUCAAGUGAGUCCAUUCAUUAGGUAUGCUGCUAUAGACCUAGACUGCUGGAGGAUUCCCAUGAUGCUCUCUCUCUCUCUCUCUCUCUCUCUCUUCAUUUAUAUCGUACUACUUCAUGUCACUAACUUUGUAUUUUUUCUUUCCUGUAGUUUGUGCUUCUCCUCUCUGUCGUCAUUCUCCUGGUCUCGCUGUUUUUGGAGCAGCAGGAUCCAGAUCUGCCGUUACAACACUCGUUAUUAUUACCAUUAUUAUUAUUAUGAGUAUUAGUAUUAUUGAUAAUACUAAUAUCUAUAGGUAUUAGUAUGAAUCCACUUCAACAAUAAAUGAUUAACAGCAGAAACGAUAACACUGUUACCUGUGGGUAUAACUUAUUAUUUCCACUGUUACAAUUAACAAUCAACAGUGGAUAUUGCUCUCCAUGGUCUCUCUCCUCAUAAAACGUAAAAAAAAAGUCAUAGUAUAGAAGGCAUAAAAAGUAAUUAAAACGUCAUAAUAUAGUAAAGCAAAGUCAAAAAAACA